GCGUUUCAAAGGGGACGCUCCGUAGCUCCUACCUUCCAUCCAUCCAUUCUGCCAUUCUGAGAGGCCUUGGCUGCGUUGGUGAAGCAGCAGCGCAUGCUGCCGCGUGUUGCCUGAUGCAUAGGGACGCAGGAGUAGCACGAGUACUUUGAAUUAGCACUUUCUUUAUUCUAUGUGGUGCUGGUGAAUCGGACGUAAACGUUCAACCACGUGUUCUGUGGUUCAACCAUUGCGUAAAACGCUUGGUCUGUAGCUAAACGUUUUUAGUCGUUUUGUUAGAAUUUGUGCUGCUGUUACAUUACGUGAUCGUCAAGCCGCGCACACGAACUACGCUUGGUACGCUUUCUGUGCGAUCACCGCUGCGGCAGCAGUAGCAGCAGUAGUACUAGCGUGAUCCCUGAGUGGUGAACGGCUGAUCGAGAAGCCGGUGCAGUGCGCAACAAGUCUUCGUAAUCAUAAGCUGUGGUGCCGUCUGCGGCUAAGCCCGCCCGACUAUGGAGAACACACUUCGCGAAGUGAUGGCCCGGCUCACGAACCAGCCGUCGGACACCGUACGGCCGGCGUGCAAGAAGUGCGGCUACCCGGGCCACUUCACGUACCAGUGCCGCAACUUCCUCAAGGUGAACCCAAACAAAGACAUCGUGCUGGACGUGAGCAGUACGAGCUCGGAGGAGGACAGCGACGACGAGCAGUUCGUGUCGCCGUUGACGCAGCUUAACUUGGCGCGGGCGGCUGCCGCCGCAGCAACCGCGCCAUCGUCGUCCGACGCCGGUGCCAGCCGACAACGUCACCGGUCCUCGUCUUCGCACGAGAAGGCGAAAAAGAAGAAAAAAAAGAAGCGCCACCAUCGGUCGCGGUCACCCCGUCGGAGAAGCAGCGGCGAGGACCGCGACGGGCAACGCAAGGGGCGCGACAGCUGCCGCAAGAGCAAAAAGAGCGACCGCAAGAAGAGCAAGCACUCCUCCCGGGACGACAAGGAGUUUCGCCACAAGAAGAAGGAAAAAGGCAGCAGCAGCUGCUCCAGCGACUCUUCUACCGACAGUCGGUGACGCUUCGGCCCACUACUCAUGUGCGACGUGAACUCGCGUUGUGCGUCAGCGAACCCAUCGACCAGGGUGUAAUAGCAUGUGGCGCUGCGGAUCCGCAGAAAUGAAAUGUCUGUAUUCUCCUGCGCUGCCAUUUAAAGCGUAGUGAUGUCCAGAACAAA